GAUUCUAAGACAUCACCAUGGGAAAUGUUUGUACGACGAAGUAUGAUAACGGGUUGGCUGAGAGAAUAUCUGUAAAUAUAAUUAAGAAGAUUCCGUUUUACGAUGAAGAUUUGAGAGCUUUAACGAAGUUCCUACACAAAAAGAAAAUAACAUUCACAUCUCUUGAAACGUCAGAAGAAGAACAAAAAAUACGUCCACUCAUAUUAUGCGCAAGAUAUUUUUCAACCCGUGAGGAAGGAGACAUAUGUGGAAUCUGUGAACAAUUAGGCGAAUAUGACUUGCAACGAACUCUUGUUCUGCUGCUUCAUAGAAACAAGAAAACAGAAGAUCAUGGGCGUAGUAAAGAUCCAGAAGAUGUGAGUUAUCGAGACAAUCCAAAAAGAAACUAUAAAAUAUUGUAUGGUGUUUUUCAUGUCAAUGUUAACUGCAUUGCGUCAAAGAAGCGUUGUUCAGCAUGUAAAACAACGUUAGAUGAACUGAUUCAGAAGAUACAGGACAGAGAAACUACACCGUAUUCUGAAAGAACGACAUAUGUGUGACAGUGCGAACAAAAUGCCACAGCCCGAAUAUGAAAAUAAUUAAUUGGAUAUUCAAGUGUGAAUAUAGUAUGAACUUUUAUAUGUAACAUACAAGUUUUUAAUUUCGUCAUCCAGAGACCGUCCGAAUUUCUAACAGAAUCCAAUGCAGACUUUAAAACUGUUCCGAAACAUUAUCUAACACACCUCGUAUACAAAUAGGAUAUAGCGUUUAAUCGUCUGAAAAUUAAUAUAAUGCUUAUUUUAAUCAAAUUGUUGUAAAAUCUGUUAAUAAAUACAUUGGAAAAAGAUAUAAUGUUAUAAUCGUAAAGCAUAGUACAUGUUUGCAGAUUGACCGCACUACAAUCAGUCACGGUGUUUCCAUUUUGAUGUUGUGAUGUCACUCUGUGAUACUAUUCUAUUACCUCCUACAGAACAGAUGGAGGACGUGGAAUACUGUCUUGCAGCUUGUUUAGUCGUGCUGUUUCAAGUUCUUAGUUCACUGACUUCAUACAUGUUGUCGAAUACAUGUGUGACCAUA